CGCUCUUUAGACCGCCAAUUGUACAAUAGUUUGAUUUUCCUUCUUCGUCGUACACAAUGAAGGGCACAAACGGGACCAAUGGUACGUCAUUGGGCGCACGACUUCUAUGGGAGCAUUCCGCGCCCGAGAGCACCGCGAUGUACCGUUUCCUUCAGAAAGUGAACAGUAGUCAUGGACUGCAAUUGUCAACAUAUCAGGAACUUCACCAAUGGAGCGUCGAUAACAUCAAUGAUUUCUGGCAGGAGGUUUGGAAGUUCGUGGGCGUGAGAGCUCAAGGGAAAGCAACAAGGGCGGUAGGUCCGAAUGCGCCUAUGUUCCCUCGGCCAGCAUUCUUCGAGGGCGCAACGCUGAACUUCGCCGAAAAUCUCCUAUUUCCAACCCAAGAAGUCAAUUCGAACUCGCCCGCCAUCAUAGCUGUGACCGAAACAACGCGCGAGACCGUAACGUGGCAGGAGCUUAGGGAGAGGGUCAGACAAUGUCAGGCUGGCAUGAAGGCUCUUGGCCUACAGAGAGGUGACAGGGUCGCAGGCUACGUCGCAAAUCAUACCGAUGCGCUCGUCGCCAUGCUUGCUGCCACCUCUCUCGGUGGUAUCUGGACAGCGGUUAGCCCAGACACUGGCGUACACGCCGUUUUGGAGCGGUUGCGACAGAUCGACCCGGUGAUAUUAUUUGCAGACAACGCUGCUUUCUACAAUGGCCGAAGCCAUCCAGUCUUACCCAAGACUCAGGAGAUUGCAGCUGGUCUGCCUUCUCUCCAGGCUGUUGUUAUUUUUCCCACUGUAUCCUCGGUCAACAUUGAUCCAAGCUCCAUCGAAAUGUCUCUAGGCAAAGCCUACCUCUAUGCAGACUUUGCGAGCCUGUCAAAGAAUCCUGAGUUGACUUUCGAGCAGCUAAGUCCUGACCACCCAGUCUACAUCCUUUACUCCAGUGGCACAACUGGCGCACCAAAGUGCAUCGUCCACGGAGCCAUUGGUACACUUCUCCAGCACAAGAAGGAGCACAUCAUCCACUCCUCCAUCACCCCCUCUUCACGUCUGUUCUAUUUCACAACGUGUACGUGGAUGAUGUGGCACUGGCUCGUGUCUGGUUUGGCCUCCGGAGCUACACUGGUGCUCUACGAUGGAUCACCCUUCCGCUACGUUGAUAGCAGUAACCCUUCAACAUCCGUCCCCGAUGACCUCGCCAUGCACCGCUUGAUAGAAGAGUAUGAAAUCUCGCAUUUCGGGACUUCUGCGAAGUACCUCUCGAUCCUAGAGCAGAAGUCAGUUGAUCCAAAAGCUGCUGGUCUGGCGUUGAGCAGAUUGGAAGCCAUUUACUCAACAGGCUCUCCACUGGCACCUUCGACCUUUUCCUAUGUCUACUCCGCGUUCCCUUCCACUAUAAACCUUGGCAGUAUUACUGGCGGCACUGACAUCAUCUCUCUCUUUGGCGCGCCCAAUCCCCUGAUACCCGUUUACGAGGGCGAGAUCCAGGCAGCUGGUCUCGGCAUGGCCAUCGCAGCUUUCGACUACAAGGGCGAGGAUAUCUCGUCUACUGGCGAGCCAGGAGACCUUGUAUGCACAAAGCCCUUCGUCUGCCAACCUGUCGCCUUCUGGGGUGGCGAGGGCGCCAAGAAGUAUCAAAGCUCGUACUUCGACAAGUUCACUAAUAAGAAAGGCGACCCGAUCUGGCAUCAUGGCGAUUUUGUACGCUUCAAUCCAAGGACAGGAGGAAUUUGGAUGCUGGGCCGAAGUGACGGUAUCUUGAAGCCAGCUGGUGUGCGUUUCGGCUCAGCGGAGAUCUACAACAUUAUGUUAGAGGUCUUUGCUGAAGAAGUUUCGGAUGCCCUGUGCAUUGGACGACGAAGAGAAACCGAUUCCGAUGAAACAGUAGUCCUGUUCUUGAAGAUGGCGGAAGGCCACAGCAUCUCGGACGAAUUGGUGCUGAAGAUCAAGACUGCUAUCAGGAACUCGCUGAGUGCAAGGCAUGUUCCGGCUCUCGUGGACGAGUGUCCAGAGAUCCCUGUGACGACGAAUGGAAAGAAGGUCGAGGGUGCAGUGAAGCAGAUUCUUUGUGGUCUCAACGUCAAGACAUCCGCAAGUGUCGCAAACGCCGAAUGUCUGGAUUGGUAUCGCGAAUGGGCAGGCACGCACUAGAUGUGUAUGCACAGUUUCAACGCGAUGAUAAAGUAUGAGUUAAGCACACAUGCAUUAACUACUGAGCUUUAACGGCUCUAUCUAGGGCUUAAGGGCAUUAACAAACCUAUAAUAAAGUGUUAACGUACCUCACGGGCGAGCCGAUCACACGGGCGAGCCGAUCACUCUGCCAAGAUCACACCAAUAUUCUACCUUACAACCCAAUGCUUCAACAACACAAAUCUAAGCCCUUAAAAUAAGCUGCAAUACAGCUUGCCCUCUAGGCAAUUAAACAAGACGCGACGCUUACACUUAGGCUGGCGGAUGGGUAGGGUGGGCUUUUUUUGUUUUUGCUUCUAGCUCCUUAAAUAGUAGAGAUACG